AUGGAUGCUUCGUCUAAUACAGUUCAAGGCAAGCCAGAGGGACCAGGAGAUCCAGUUUCCUCAGGGCAAGCUGCCUCGGACCUGAGUCAGUCUGUCGGCUCCAGCCGUGAUGGCCAGCCGCAAAGAACACCAUCACUGAGCAACAUGAACAAGUCCUCACACCGCCAAAGUUUUGCAGAUAAUCUUCGGAAUGCUCCUUCAUCGCCCCGUCAUCGACACCCUUCCUUCACCCAGGCGGCAGUUCAAGAACUAUUGAACCAUCCACCAUCCGGGCAACGGCAUGCAAACCACAUGUUCGCUGGAAGAGAGUGGGGUGAGAUCACCGUCGGAGAAUUGGUAUCAUCAGAUGACGUGAAGUGGGUUGAGUUGGACAGCAGCGUAGAGGAAGCCACCUUGACAUUACUGAAGAGCAAAACAAAUGUUGUUCUUGUGAGAGAAUCAAGCUCGGCUUCUACUGCACUAGCGGUUUUCGAUUAUUCGGAUCUCAAUGCUUAUCUUCUAGUAGUUGUUGGCCUCUCAAAACCAGAACCACAUCAAAUCGAGCUGUAUAAUGAUAUUAUGCUCAACGCUCGGGAAGGAAAAGUUAUUUCACUGCGCCAAAUACAACCCCUGUGUAGGCAGGAGCCGCUCGUUGGAGUUCCAUCUAGUGAUAAUUUGUCCCAGGCUAUCGAGAUACUGGGUAGCGGAAUUCAUCGUCUACUCGUUACUAGUCCACACGGCGCAGUGGUAGGCGUAAUGAGUCAGCUUCGGAUGGUUGACUUCUUCUGGAAUGAAGGCGUCAACUUCCCUGAAGUUGAUCGCUUAUAUCCCGUCAUGUUACGAGACUUGGGUGUAGGAGCCCAACAAGUCAUCUCUGUCAACUCGGAUGCUCCUCUUUCGGAGGCUCUGACUCUCAUGAAUGAUGAAGGCUUGACUAGUGUGGCAGUAGUUGACAACGGACAAAACGUUGUUGGAAAUAUCUCAACCAAGGACAUUCGGCAUCUCACAUCUGCAUCUAGUGCUCCGCUACUCGACGGAUCUUGUAUGCAUUUCAUAUCCGUUAUAUUGAAUGAGCGAGGCGUUGAAAAAGGCCGUGACGCCUUCCCAGUCUUUUUCGUCAACACGUACUCUACUCUUGCGCACACUGUUGCCAAACUGGUGGCUACCAGGUCUCACCGCAUGUGGGUUGUGGAGUCUGCAUCACCAUCACCGUCUAGUCCAGCUACUCCGUUAUUGGGGCCGCAGGUCAUGGCCGGGACACCCCAAACCUUGAACACAGCGUCUACAGGGCCUGCUCCUUCCAGCGCAGUGCCUGCUUCUGCGAUGCCGGGGGCACGCCUCUCUGGGAAGUUGAGUGGUGUGAUUUCUUUGACUGACGUUCUCAAUAUUUUCGCAAAGUUUACUGGCCUGCAUCCUACCGACCCUGGGGAGCAACGAGCACGGCGGCGAAGAAGCUCGAGCAGCUCAAUUCGCCCUAGCCUAGACUCUGCAAGGCAGAGCCUUGACUUUCGUCGAUAA